CUCUGCGUCGGCCGGCACAGCGGGUCGGAUCUACUGCUAUUACUACGGCGUUUCCGUAGUAACCGCGCCGUUCCGUUUCUGUCUCCCCCUUGCAUCGCCGUCGCCGCCGCCGCGAAGCAAAGGUCCACGAAGAUGGCUGAACUUGACACGUUCCUUUUCACAUCUGAGUCCGUCAAUGAAGGCCAUCCUGAUAAGCUCUGUGACCAGAUAUCUGAUGCAGUGCUUGAUGCAUGCCUCGCUGAAGACCCUGACAGCAAGGUUGCUUGUGAGACCUGCACCAAGACUAACAUGGUCAUGGUCUUUGGUGAGAUCACUACCAAAGCCAAUGUCGACUAUGAGAAGAUUGUCAGGGAUACCUGCCGUGGGAUUGGCUUUGUGUCCAAUGAUGUAGGGCUGGAUGCUGACCACUGCAAGGUGCUUGUCAACAUUGAACAGCAGUCACCUGAUAUUGCACAGGGUGUUCAUGGUCACUUCACCAAGCGUCCUGAGGAGAUUGGUGCUGGUGACCAGGGGCACAUGUUUGGAUAUGCAACUGACGAGACCCCUGAAAUGAUGCCCCUGAGCCAUGUUCUUGCAACCAAGCUUGGUGCUCGCCUAACCGAGGUCCGCAAGAAUGGGACCUGCCCAUGGCUGAGGCCUGAUGGGAAGACCCAGGUGACUGUUGAGUACCAUAACGACAAUGGUGCUAUGGUCCCUAUUCGUGUCCACACUGUGCUCAUCUCUACCCAGCAUGACGAGACUGUUACCAAUGACGAAAUUGCUGCUGAUCUGAAGGAACACGUCAUUAAGCCUGUCAUUCCAGAGCAGUACCUUGAUGAGAAGACCAUUUUCCAUCUCAAUCCAUCAGGUCGCUUUGUCAUUGGUGGACCUCAUGGUGAUGCGGGUCUUACUGGCAGGAAGAUCAUCAUUGACACUUAUGGAGGCUGGGGUGCCCACGGUGGUGGCGCUUUCUCUGGUAAGGACCCAACCAAGGUUGACCGCAGUGGAGCCUAUAUUGCAAGGCAGGCGGCAAAGAGCAUUGUGGCCAGUGGUCUUGCCCGCCGUUGCAUUGUCCAGGUGUCAUAUGCCAUUGGUGUGCCUGAACCGCUAUCAGUGUUUGUUGACACAUAUGGGACAGGCAAGAUCCCUGACAAGGAGAUCCUGAAGAUUGUGCUGGAGAACUUUGACUUAAGGCCAGGGAUGAUCAUCAUCGACCUUGACCUGAAGAGAGGCGGGAAUGGCCGUUAUCUCAAGACGGCGGCAUAUGGGCACUUUGGCAGGGAUGAUCCGGACUUCACCUGGGAGCUUGUGAAGCCCCUCAAGUGGGAGAAUCCUUCUGCCUGAUCAAAAACUUGCAGCCAGCUCUACAUUGGAACCUUUUUUUUUAAUUACCUAUAUAAAGUUGCAAUGUUACUUUUGAUGCCAGUCUACCCGUCACCACAUGUUAUCUCACUUCCCCACUCACUGCUCGAGUAGAAAGUGUAAGACCUUAUGCAUACUGGUUAUCUCUUUCAACAAGCUUGUGUUGUGGGGGUUUGUGAUGUCUUCUCUUUUCGUUAUCAUGUAAUGUCGAGCCAAAGAUGGGAGAGUACCGGAGAAACGAAACUUCGGCCUUGUUUAGUUUCAAAAUUUUUUGCAAAA